AUGUUGUUAUCAUACGAAGUUGUUACUACUUUCGGAGUGUCAGCACUGCUGUCAUUUACGGUGUUCACCACAUUGUUGCUGGUGUUGGCUGCAAAGAGCGGGUUGCUCCGAGCAGGGAAAUCCCACGACAAGUCCGCUCUCACCAAACAUAACGUCAGCACAAAGUUACUACCACCACAGACAAUGCCCGCACCCUCCGCUCCUGAACCAACUCCGCCGUCCACUAGACAUUUACUGGAGCCACGAGAAGAAUAA